AUGCGAAUGCGUAAGCUGCGGUUGCUCCUGGUCGCCGUCCUGUGCACGCCGCCUCUAGUCCUACUUAUCAUUUCAGAUGCCGCGGUAUCUUCGUUCAACAUGACCUUGAAAAGGACUGGUUUUGACGACCUACGGGUCCAUACCAGCCGGGACGCCCGAUCCCCGGAAACAUAUGAUCUGCUGGUGAACGCCUACCAGAACGGCGGAUCCCGAUUCACAGCGGAUCUCUUCGGCUUUAGGCCUGAUGCGUUCUACUUCUACGAGCCCCUUUGGCGAUUCUCGGAGCAAGAGUACUUCCGGUCGCCCAGCACCGUCUGCAGCAUCCUAAACAACACUUGCAGGGAACUGGGAUUGACUGCGGUAAACCGUGCACGCGACCUGGAGGACAUGAGGCAGCUGGUGGGUGAAGUACCUAGGAACUCCACCGUAGGCGACCUGAUGACGGAGGUGUUUGCGGACAUAUACCGCUGCGACUUCUCCCGUAUAUCCAGUCUCGUCCAGCAGCAGGUCACAGACAACCUCAAAUUCGCAGGUCCGAGUUGGCGGCGGUACGCGGACUGUCGUUACAGUAAACGACAUCCGAGGGACAUCUGUCUGCCGAUGCAGGCCCUCUACUGCUCUAACUUCCGGCACCUGGUAGUCAAGACGCUCCGAAUCACCACGGACUCACUGGCUCCUCUCCUCGACCGGAAGCCCGAUCUCAAGGUCAUCCAAUUGUUCCGGAACCCAUUCGCUAUCAUGAAUAGCCGCUUGGAAAGCACCUUUCAGUUGAUUGUCAGUGACUUUGUUGAAAUGGGAGAAAGCUUGUGUAGAAAAAUGGAAAUAGACUAUCAAGGUUCAAUAGAUUUAAUAAAGAAACACCCUGAUAGGGUGAAGAUGGUGUUUUACGAUGAUCUAAAGCGAAAUGUGAGCGGAAAAGUACAGAGUCUGUACAGUUUUGUGGGCAUGGAGCAGCGACCGGAAGAGGCGCGGGCAUUGGACGUUGUUAUUCCGAACGAAGGCGACCUUAACAGCAAGAGCAUCGAGGACCUACGAAAGAAAGACAACACACAGUGGUGGAGGGUCAGGAUUGACUUCAAACUGUACAGAGAGAUUUUCCAACGGUGCACAAACGUUGUUAAAAUAUUCAGACUCACUGAUUUCAAGACUGAGGAAGAUUUGAGAAAUUUGAACAUUCCCGACAUGCACCUACCGGAUAUGUUCAAGAUAUAA